AUGCUUGUUGAACUCUGCCCAUGGGAAGACGCUCUCGUGGUCGCCUCAGUCAAUGGUCAGAUUGAAGCAUUGCAAGACGAAUUGGACAAAGGCAGAAACGUGGAUCUUCGAGAUGUAGAACACGGUCGGACCUUGUUAAUCUGGGCAGCCGAGAAUGGCCACAAAGACGCUGUCCAGCUUCUGCUCGAGCGCGGCGCCGGCGUCAAUAAGCGCGAUCUCCAGGGUCGGACACCGCUGUUGAGCAGCGCAGCGAGUGGGCAUGAAGAUAUUACAAAAUAUUUACUCGCAGCCGGUGCUCACGUCGAGGAACGGGAUGUUUCUGGUCGCACGUCGGUCAUUCUUGGUGCUCAAGCAUGCUCUGGUCGCGUUGUCGAGUAUUUGCUGGAAGCAGGGGCGAGUGUUGAUGUCCAAGAGUGGCGCUACGGUCGGAGCGCAUUGUCAUGGGCAGCAGAGAAAGGAUGCGAAAAGGCCGUUGAGGUCCUGCUCAAGGCAAACGCCGAGGUUGACCUUGCUGAUAGCCUAGGUCGUACCCCAAUGUCAUGGGCGGCCAUGAGUGGUCACGCAGAUGUUGUCAGCCUUUUCUUGAAGUAUAAUGCCAACGCUAAGGCAAAAGACAACGAGUAUGAUCGGACGCCAUUUUUGUGGGCCAUCAAACGGGGUCACGAAUCUGUCAUACAGGUCUUGAAGGAUGUGUCGCCGCCGGAAAUAGGACACGGUCUGGUUCUGCGGCCUACACCGCCCUCAUCAAAUACACUUGACGACCUGCAAGAAUUAUUCAAAGCAGUCAAGCCGGACUUCGAUUGGAGGAAAACCCAGGGCGGUGACCUUUUGAUAUGGGCGAUCAAAGAAGAUCGCGAAGAGGACGCCACAUUUCUCAUUGGCAACGGAGCGGACAUGAACGCACAAGACGACGAGGGGAUGUCGGUUCUAUCCCACGCUGCAUACAAGGGUCAUUUGUCCGUAGUACAGCUCCUGCUAGCGAGCAAGGUAGAUCCAGAUUCGGAAGACGAACUCGGUCGGACUCCCCUCUCAUAUGCUGCCGAGGGUGGGCGCAACGAAAUUGCCAAGCUACUCUUGGAAAGAGAUGUCAACUUGGAGUCUACAGAUGACACGGACAUGACGCCUCUGUUAUGGGCAGCAUGCAUGAGCCAUGAAGAUGUCGUCGCUACGUUGCUUGAAAAAGGCGCCGACCCCGAUGCUACCGACCGCAAUGCCGUUUCCGCCAUGAGUUGGGCUGCCGAGGAAGGGAACAUAAACAUUGAUAUAAUACGCCGUCUUUUGGAAAAGGGAGCUUCACCGGAUGAGGGCAUGGAAGCAUCGCCACUGAUGCGGGCCGUGUGCAGUGGAGAUAUGUCAUUGAUUAAGCUACUACUCGACAAUGGAGCAGACCCCUACUCGGAACUUUAUGACGUUUGCGAGUGUCCACCAUUGAUGCUCGCAGCUUCUCAUGGUAAGAAGGAAUUGGUACAGAUAUUUUUGGGAAUGGAUGCUCCAUCAGCCGAAGUCAAGAAGGAACAUAGCUGGAAGGCACUGGAGGAGGCAGCUCGAGAAGGCAAGAUUGAAGUGGUCAAACUUUUGCUGGAGAAAUGCAGCUUUGAAGAGGAGGAUUGGAAGGAAGAUGGACCAAUCUGGUACGCUCGAAUGCAUGGCCACCGAGAUAUUGUCGGCUUGCUACAACCAUACUAUGGAGAGGAGGAAUGA